AUGUUGGGUCCCCUGGGCUACAGUUUUGCGCCCGCUGUGCGCCGGUCGCGCACCUUGUACAAAUGGAUUAAGCCCCUUGCCGACUGGUAUGCCAACGUGGCCGGCUACCGCAAGAUGGGCUUGAAGUAUGAUGAUCUGCUCAUCGAGGAGAAUCCUGAAGUGCAGAAAGCCCUUUCCCGUCUGACGCCUCGAGAGGAGUAUGACCGUGCAUACCGCAUGAAGGUGGCUUCAUUACUCAGCGUGAACCACAAGCCCCUUCCGAAGGACAAGUGGCUACCGGCGUCCGAGGACGUCCGAUACUUGAAGCCAUAUGUCGAGGAGGCUGUCAAGGAGACGGAAGAAAGGCAUAUCUGGGACACCAUGGAGGUCCGGAGGAAGUAG